UGCAAAUAUGAGGGCAAGAGAACAAAUUUCCUUUGACUUGUAGUCAACUUUCAAAAGGUGAUUCGAACGCGCACAUUUAGAGGUCGUGAAAAAUUCGACAAUUCAUUUUAUUAAAAUUCCUGGUACGGUUUAAUAGCUCGCUCUAUAAGCUUUAAUUUGAUAUGGGGUUUUGGUACCUACUGUUUAAACCGGACGCGCCAUAUCGCUUUGACUCGAGACACCUUUAAAAGUAUACGGUAACCUUAAUUUGGUGUUGUCGCGUGACCUUGACGCAUUCACCUGAACAGCGUUGAUUAAAAUAUCUGUAUUGAAAUAAAGCCAGUUGUAGGAAAGCAAUCUAGUAUUAUAUGACGGCAGUUGCAGUUUCUUAGCAACAGAAGUUUUGACAGAUGUUUAAUUGUUUCUCUCAUUUCUGCUAAUGCAAGGCAACAUUCAACAUUUAUCCCGCUACCGAUGGUACAUCACAACACGUUUCACGGAUCAAAAAAAGCCGAGGUACGAUUUUGAACUGCUAAUACAAUGUAGGACCUUUCAGGUCGCAAAAUUCCCAGGAAACUUUGUUAUAAUUGUUAUUUCAUUUUGUUUUAAAGAAAGUAACUGUAAUUUAGAAAUGAAACGCCUUUUUAACUUUAUUUCUGACAAGCGAUACGGCGUUUAAACGGCGACGUUAGAAGAAACGAAAUGGCGGAGAUCGACAACAAUUGUACAGCGGAGGAGAGAAAUAAGAAAACUUGCGUCUUCCUUGUUUUUAAUCGUUCAAUAGCAAACUGGUAUUUUAACAAUCCUCCGCGAUCUUCUAAAGCAUGGACAACUUGUUAUUAGGCAAGGAGAAUUAACAGUCAAAAAACUUCCAGAUCGAAAAGUAUCGAUAAAUAUAACUUCUCGUCAAUCAAUAACGUACAAUUGUUGCCUUGUCUUGCUCACUUUUAUUUUGUAUAGGUUGUGCUUGAUCGGCAUGACACUUCUCCAAUAUCUAAAAUAAUUAAAAAGAAAGUAGUUUUCAUAACUUGCUACUUUAAUCAUGUUUCUAUACGUCUUAUAUGACAUUAUGACCUGGCAAAAAAUAGCAUAUGCCGAUAAAACAAAUAAGGCCAGAUGCUAUUUUAGCGACGAGCGAUAUCCAAGUGCACUUUGCCAGAAAUAAGCAUGAGGAAUGGUGAGUCUUUAAGAUGACACUUAGGACGUAGAGAAAUUUUGAUCAACCAGGGUUCUCAUUCGGUUAACAGUAUUUUCGUUGUAACAGAGUUUUUGGUCUGUUUUUUUCUUACAACUCUUUGACAUCUUAUGGCUCUGUUUCAACUAGCAAGAUGUGAGAGGCAGAGAUGUCAAUUAACAAAACUGGCUAACAAACUCAACAAACUCUCCUUCUUGAAGUUCUUGCAUUAUUUAUGGCCAGUUGGAAGAAAACCAGCAGAAGGUUGACAAAAAUUAAACAAAACUUCGUUCAAGUGGUAUUGGUGCGGCUAUCUGCUCUGGAAACUUGAGGAAAUCCUAAAGUUAAUCUUGUCGUGUUUAAUUGAUGGAGAUAUUUUGAGACAACAGAUUGACUGCCUUAUCAGAAUUAAUGAAUCGAUCAAUACUUGCGAAUCUCCUGCUCUGUUUAACUAAGAGAAACAGAGACCGCCUUAUUAAAAUCAGUCUAGCCAAUCAGGGCCAGAGACAGCUAUUGUAUGUACUUAAGUCAAACCGUUUUUAGUCGGUCGAGAAAAUGAAAUAACUGCAGCUGCCUUAUUGCAACGAUACCCCUGAUCCAUGAACUUAAGUGGCUCAUGGCAAGUGUCUUCGUCGGUUGAGAAAUUGUUACCUUUGAGAAAUUCUUGAUUAGUUGCCAAAUUUGACAUACCGUUUAAAAUAUGUGAUUAUUGAUCUUUUGUCUUUUAUGUCACUUCAGGAGAAAAAAUAACCGUGAGCAGUUCUGCAUUUAAUUUUCGUUUGCUUUUCAGAACUGGAAUAACUUGUCAAAAUGACAGUUUAUGUAAACCUAUUCCUCCUCUUGGCAUUUCUUGACGUAGCCACUGGUCAGUGUUUCACACAAGAAAAUGUACCCAGUAUGGCUCUUAAAGGUCACACCUUUAAAAGGGUUGUAGUGAAAGCUGUGUACAUAUGUGACUUCAAAUGUGAGCAAGACGUUAGAUGCCAGAGCUUCAAUUACGUCACCCAGGAGAACAUUUGCGAACUGAACAAUAGAACGAAAGAGGAAAAGCCGGAAUACUUUGUUCGAGAUCCAGAAAGGUUCUACGUAAAACGAUUAUCUAGGAAAGACUAUGCUUUACAAUUUCUGAACGAAGAAAGUAAAGAUUUUGCCCAGGUGGCCGGAGGUUUGCCAGAUCUGACACAGUUUACAUUGUGUUUUUGGAUGAAGUCCAAUGACACCGAGAAUAGAGGAACACCACUCAGUUAUUCCUUAAAAGAGGAAGAUAAUGAGCUGCUCAUUUAUGACUACAGAUCAUUUCGCCUUGGCAUUGGUGGCAAACAGGAAACUACAUCAGUUUCUGCAAACGACGGCAAAUGGCAUCACAUAUGCGCAUCCUGGGAAAACAAUGCGGGCUCGUGGAAAUUCUAUAAAGAUGGACGCGUAAAAAAACAAGGGGAAAGCUUGAAGGUUGGUCACGUGAUUAGAUCGGGAGGAUCUUUAGUUGUGGGAAUCGAGCAAGAUCCUCCUGGUGAGUUCCAACCUAACCAGUCGUUUAAAGGAAUGAAGACAAAUUUGAAUGUAUGGGAUCACGUGUUAUUAGCUGAAGAAAUCGAAAGCUUGUCAAAGUCUUGUCUGUCAGGAGAAGGGAAUGUAGUCAAAUGGACAGAUUUAAUGCAUGAUCAUAGAGGAAAGACCAAGCUGGUUAUUCCAUCUCCUUGUAAGUCGCUAAAUGGGUAGCGCUCAUGGAAUAUUGCU